AGCCCACUCCCUGUGGUCCCGAGGUGGCCAGUGACAACAGCUGUGUGGCGGGCGGCGAGCACUGAUGAGUGGCGAGUGUUGGGCGGGUGUCCGGCGUGUGUCUUCCCUCAAAAAUGGCGUUGAGGAAAGUUAAAGGCAAUUUGGAGCGGAUGUUUGAUAAGAACCUGACUGACUUAGUGAGAGGAAUCCGUAACAACAAGGAGAGCGAGCCUAAAUACAUAUCACAAUGUAUGGAAGAGAUCAAGACAGAGCUGCGGCAGGACAACCUUGCUGUGAAGGCCAAUGCCGUGGCCAAGCUCACCUAUUUACAAAUGCUUGGCUACGACAUCAGCUGGGCUGGCUUCAAUAUUAUAGAAGUUAUGAGUUCCCCAAAAUUUACUUACAAGAGAAUUGGGUACCUCUCAGCAUCCCAGUGCUUUCACCAGGAUACUGAGGUCCUCAUGCUAACGACCAACAUGAUCCGCAAGGAUCUGAAUAGUCACAACAUGUAUGAUUCAGGGACGGCCCUCACUGGUCUUGCAUGCUUCAUCAAUGGUGACCUUGCAAGAGAUCUGGCCAAUGAUGUUAUGACCCUGCUAGCAUCAACCAAGCCUUACCUACGAAAGAAGGCAGUGCUCCUCCUCUACAAAGUGUUCCUUAAGUUUCCUGAGGCUCUGAGGCCAGCCUUCCCUCGCCUCAAGGAGAAGCUGGAGGAUCCUGACCCGGGAGUGCAGUCAGCGGCAGUCAAUGUGAUUUGUGAGCUGGCUCGGAAGAAUCCCAAGAACUACCUCAGCCUAGCCCCAGUCUUCUUUAAGCUGAUGACCUCCUCUACAAACAACUGGAUGCUCAUCAAAAUUAUUAAACUGUUUGGUGCCCUCACUCCACUAGAACCCAGAUUAGGCAAGAAGCUCAUAGAACCUCUCACAAAUCUGAUACACAGCACGUCAGCCAUGUCUCUGUUGUAUGAGUGCAUCAACACCGUCAUUGCCGUGCUCAUUUCUAUUUCUUCAGGGAUGCCCAACCACAACGCCUCCAUUCAGUUGUGUGUGCAGAAGCUGAGGAUCCUCAUAGAAGAUUCAGAUCAGAACUUGAAGUACUUGGGUCUGCUUGCUAUGUCAAAAAUCUUGAAGACUCACCCAAAGUCUGUUCAGGCACACAAAGAUCUUGUGCUGCAAUGCCUUGAUGACAAAGAUGAGUCAAUACGGCUGAGGGCCCUUGAUCUGCUCUAUGGUAUGGUGACCAAAAAGACUGUGAUGGAGAUAGUUCGCCGCCUCAUGACACACAUGGACCGUGCUGAGGGCACCAUGUACAGAGAUGAAUUGCUCCAGAAGAUCAUUCUCAUCUGUUCCCAAAACAACUUCCAGUAUAUUACAAACUUCGAAUGGUAUAUAAGUGUGCUGGUGGAGUUAUGCCGCAUGGAGGGAACACAGCACGGGGGACUGAUUGCCAACCAGCUCAUGGACGUGGCUAUCAGGGUGGUGGCUGUGCGGGAAUUUACAGUGGGUCAGAUGGCUCUCUUGCUGGACAAUGCACAUGUUAUUGUGGGUCCUGCUGCUGCUAGAUCCUCCAUAGCUGAAGUUCUUUAUGCAGCUGCAUGGAUCUGUGGAGAGUUUUCACAAUUGUUGGCAAACCCCAAGGCCACCCUGGAGUCCAUGGUGCGAGGGAAGGUGGUCUCCCUACCCGGCCACAUCCAGGCUAUCUACGUGCACAACAUGCUCAAGCUGUAUGCCCAUAUUAUAGCCACAGCUGAGGAGGAGGAUGACACUGAGAUGAUAGAGGAGGUAACCAACCUUUUAUUGGAGCGUCUGCCCGUAUUGGUGUCAUCAGGUGACCUGGAGGUGCAGGAGCGAGCCUCAUGCAUCGUGCACAUUGUAACCUACGUGCAGAAAUGCCACAAGAAUGGAGAUAAAGUAGGGGCUGAUUUAGCUCUCCUCAUGAUGGGUGAACUUAAUCCAGUGGCUCCUAAGGCUCAGAAGAAGGUUCCUUUACCAGAUGGGCUGGACUUGGAUGUGUGGCUUAAUGACCCGCCCUCAGAGAGUGAAGAGGAGGAUGAUGAAGUGUACAGGAAGGAUAUCUUUGUUAAAGCUGACUCCUCUUCCAAGCACAAAAAAGAGAAAUAUGAACCAUCAGAGGAAGAGCUACAAAGAUUACGAGAUGUACGCAAAGCAGAGCAGGCCAACAAUCCAUACUAUGUGAAGUCUCCAGCUAAUGUCAAUACUUUACCACAGCACCUUGUUAAAGCAGAAGACAUACCAAUAGAAAACUUGUAUAUGAAUGUUCCUUUGAAGAUACAAGGUAUGACAUCGUUAGAUAAGUAUCAGAUGGUUGAUGGUUGGCAAGAUGGAAAGAAGAGGCACAAAAAACAAAAGAAACGCAGCAAGAAGAAGGAUCGUGCUGUGUCCAGCAGUGAUGAGGAAGCUCCUCCAAUGCAUGUAGUAAAUAGAGAUGUAGGGGAGAUGCCAGAAGGAGCUCAUUUCUCUGAUGACAAUGAGGCAGAUGACCGGCCUGAGGAUGACCCACACAGAGCCCUAGACAUCAAUUUGGAUGAACCUCUAGCUCCAAAUGAAGUUCUACCAACCAGAAGUCAUUAUGAAGCAAAAACUCAAAGAACUGAUGAAGAAGAAGCAAAAAGUUUGCGUUCUGAUGCUGCAAGCCAGAAAAAAUCAAGAAGUAAAAAAGAAAAAAAAGAAAAGAAAGAAAAGUCCAAGAAGGCUAAAAAGGAAGAAAAAAAAUCAAAGAAGAGUUCCAAAGGGGGUGAUAAUCUCAUUUUAGAUUUAGUAGAUGAACUCAAAGAAACAUCAUUACAGGAUACAGAGACAGGUACCCAUGUAAAUGGAAUUGAUAACAGUAAUAAACAAAAGGUUGCAGAUGAUUUGGAUUUCUGGCUGUCCAGAGAGGAAACAUCUGUCCCAUCAUUACCAGUAGAAAAGCAUGAAGAACCUGUGGUGUCAGAUGCUCAUGUGAAGGAUGAUGUUGAAGCAGAGAAGACAAAAUCCAAGAAAUCAAAAACUAAGAAGGAAAAGAAGACUAAAAAGGAAAAAGAUAAAUCAGAAAAGAGAAGUAAAAAGAAAGAAAUACAAGAAGCAGAACCUGAAGUAUCAAGUAGAAAUAGGGAAGAAUAUGAAGAAACUAAUGGAACUGUGUCGCAAGAACCAGAAAGAACCAAACCCCUGCCAUUCCUGAGAAUGCUGGCUGAGGAUUCUGUGUUGAAAAUGAUGUACACAACAGCAGCUAUGGAUGGGGUUAUGAGUGAAGUUUUAGUUUGCAUCAAGUUUGCUAAUCUGUCAUCAAAGCCUAUUAGUAACCUCCAGCUCAACCUCCCUGACUCCGGUGCACUCAAGAUGGUCCGCAUAGAUCCUCUGUCAGAUAUUAUUAGCUUCCCAUGGACCCUGGAAGCAGAAGAGAGCAGGGAGGCUCAACUUUCAUUCACUGCUGAAGAUGUCACCAUUCCUCACAAGCUCAGGGGUUUCCUCUCUUAUACUCAGGAAGGUGGCAGCAGUCAAUUGAAUGUGCGGCUUGAGUUCCCUGUGGUGAAUUUCCUCUCGGGCAAAACAGCAAGUCGCUCCACCUUCACAGAUCUGCUUAGCUCAGGCCAGCUCACUGCGAGGUCUUCCUUUACUGUUCCCGAUUGCCAGCUCUCAUUUUCAGAGAUUCUAGAUGAAAUGACAAGAGGAGGGAGUUUAGCGGUGGUGGAGAGUGUUGACCAAACAGCCUCCAUGUAUGGGCGCUCCCUGCAUGGCCACCACGUUUGUGUGCUAGUCAAGUAUCAGACAUCAGGCCGCCUGACUGUUGAUGGAAAGAGCACAGAGGGGACACUGCUUUCCAAUGCUCUGGACCAUCUCAAGACAACUCUUAUGCAGACCAAGUAGUAUCUAUAUCAGCUGGGUUUGGAGACUCCACAGCAUCAUUAAUACUUGUAUUUAAAAAUUGAUUUAUGUAAAUAUAAAUUACAUGACUUUUAGACACAUGCUAUUAUUUGGUGCUCUGUUAUUGAAAUAUAUAUAUAUAUAUAUAUAUAUAUAUAUAUAUAUAUAUAUAUAUAUAUAUAUAUAUAUAUAUAUAUAUAUAUAUAUAUAUAUAUAUAUAUAUAUAUAUAUAUAUAUAUAUAUAUAUAUAUAUAUAUAUAUAUAUAUAUAUAUAUAUAUAUAUAGACACACACACACACACACACACACACACACACACACACACACACACACACACACACACACACACACACUAUAUGUUAUGUAUGCUGCUGUUUGACUACACACAAAACAGGAAAGGUACUUCAUGAAGGGUAUAUUGUAAUACAUUUUUUAGCUGAAAAGUUUGUUUUCAGCAAAAUUUUGGGCAGAUUGUGCCAAGGAAAAUUUACAUUUAUUUCAGAGAAGUAAUGUGGAUAACUUGCAGUAUAUACAGUACUGUUGUGGCUGUUAAUCUGAGCAUGCUGUGGUCCAUCUUCCUUUUUCAACAAUGUUAUUAUUUUAUUUAUUUUAUUUUUAUUUUGUUUUUUAAUUGAUUAAUUAUUUUAUAAUGAUUUCUUUACAACAAUUCUUGCAGAAGCUUUACCAUAAGAAUACUGUAAGGUAACCUGUAGCAAACUUAUGUUCAUUCAACACACACACACACACACACACACACACACUCCAUAAGAUUUUCUAGUUUCUAAUUAGUGUAGAAAUGACAUAUUUUUUUCAGCAGCACUUAUUAUAUAGUGUUUUGCAGACUUACCUUUGAAGCAAAUGGACCAGAGAACACACUGAACAGCAAUGAUAUUGGACAAUUUUAACUUGUCAGGAAGAAGGUUUUGAUGCCAUCAUGCCAAAUGUCAUGUGAGAUUAAUUCUAUUCAAAGAAACAUAAACAGCAGACAGACUGUGAAGAAGUGUAAAGGACUACACAUCUCCAAGUUUGCAACUCUGGAAACUUAACACAUAUAUAAGCUAUACAUAUUUUACACAUACUUACAGUAGUCUGGUUAUCAGUAUAGAAAACUGACCAGUUACUUGACUGCCUUACAGAUUACAUGGUUCAAAGUUUAUGUGAGUACUGUUACAAGUUUAUCCUUGUUUGAUUUAUGUUUACCUAAAUUUUGAUUUGUUGUGUUACUUAUCAUUGUUUCUUAUUAAAAGCUUUACAUAGCACAAUUUUUCCUUACAGUGGUAUAAAAUAAAAUUAAAACAUGAUCAUCUUCAUUAGGAAGCAAACUUAUGAAAACUGCUUCUUAAUUAGGUGAAGGUUGGAGGGAGGGAUGCUGUUUGUAAUUUUUAAGAACUAUCAUGACAAUUUAGUCUCAGCAGUGUUUCCAGGAAAAUGAAUGUUUCAUAUCUAUGGGUAUUUGUACAUCUCAUGUCAUCAUUGGUAGCAAGACAACAAUCACAAAAAAAAAAAAAAAAAAUGUAAAGGGCUGUAUUCAUGGAACUGGAAUUUGCAAAGUUAAUGGUCUAUCAGUCUAUGUAAUAGACCUCCCUCAGACAUGAUGAUUCACACACACACACACACACACACACACACACACACACACACACACACACACACACACACACACACACACACACACACACACACACACACACACUGACCAAAUUGGAAUUUUAAUCCAUCUUGAUUUUGUAAGACAUGGUCAAAAUUAUUAUUUUCCAAAUUCAUUCUGAAGAAUUAAAGAGGUUUUUAUGAAGUUUAGGGUAAACUUAAAACAUGAGGCAAGUACAGUUAUUGAAGACUCUCUCUCUCUCUCUCUCUCUCUCUCUCUCUCUCUCUCUCUCUCUCUCUCUCUCUCUCUCUCUCUCUCUCUCUCUCUCUCUCUCUCUCUCUCUCUCUCUCUCUCUCUCUCUCUCUCUCUCUCUCUCUCUCUCUCUCUCUCUCUCUCUCUCUCUCAAGAGCUGAAAUUAAUUAGAUCACUGUAACAUGUUGCAGGUAAGUAAUGAAGUUACUUCUCAGUGUCCAAGAACUUCUUGGUUUGUGACCAGAUCCUUUUUGUUCCUUUAGAUAAAGUUGUAUAAGUAUGACAGUCACAUGUACAGACACUACACGUAUAUUGAUUUUCAUAGUCCUCCCCAUGCUAAAUUUCAUGCUUGCCUUUUAAUCAGUGUGAAGUGUCAGUUAUGACUUGCACAGUUGAGUGAGUGAUCUUAACAGUUUUAUAUAUGUGCUAUUCAACCCAUGGUGUUAUGUAACAUCUUGCAUCUGGUUAUUCACCAUUCCAUUGUUUGGCUUGUUGCCAUGGCUCUAAGCACUAUUGCAACCUGCAUUUGAUUUGUGAUCAACAUAUGGCAUGAUAAUGGCAUGAUAAUGGCAAAUCUGUCAUGCCCCAAAUGAAUUUGUCAGUACAGGAUCAGGCAAUAUACUUCUAGGUAUUGUCAGUACAGUAUAUGAUGUCCUCCUGUGCCAUCCAUACCAUUAUGCAUGAUUUUAUUAUCAGCUGCCCUAACUGAAGUCACUGGAAUUUCACUCUAAACAAAUUUCAAAUGGUAAAUUUAAAGUAUAUGACUGAUAGAGUACAGCACCAGGUGCUUUUUAAUUGCAUCAGCUCAAUAAUUAAUCAGAGAGGCUGUUAGGUGAUUUUCCAGAAUCCACUGAAAUCUCAUAAUAUUCACAGACAACUUAUUUAAAUACAUAGAUAGUAGAAGUCUUCAGCCAUUACUAAAAAAACUAGUAUUCAUUUUUUAUAAAAAAAAAAUACUGAGGAGUGCUAGAGUAAAAUGCUAAGAAGGGAAAAUAUGGAGACUCAUCUGCUAUUGCCACUUUUAUAAAAAGUUUUGAGUAAUGGGCAUUAGAGUAAAUUGGAAUUGUUUUAUAGGUCCUGCCAUUUUAAAUUUCCAUCUUUUCUGUCUUUCAGACAACUAUUUAGAGUUGGUUGUUUACAGGCCUCAGUGAUGAUCAGAUCAACUUUUAUAUAUUGUACUUGUGUUAAAAGCACAUCUUACUAAGGCUGUGUCGGAAAGCACAAACGUGCAUUUAAGGGUUUUUUCAUAUACAGAGACCUCAUUUUGUUCACAAAAAAGUUAGGAUUACUGCAAAAUUCUAAUGGUUUUAUCUGUUAGUCCAGAAAGUUGUAGUAUGCACCACUAUUACUUCAUAUUUAUUUAAGAGAAAUGAUAAGCUGGUACAAGAUUGAUUUUUUGCCUAUUUUAAACACUGAUAUUAUAUAAAUUUAUGAGGGUUUUCCAGAAAAUGAAGGAAACAAUAGUCAUGUGAAUAAGAUAUUACUGAAUUUGUUAGGGAAAUUACCAGUUACACAGAAAAAUAUGAAUUACUUGAUUAUGAAGACUUUUCUUAGAAAUGUUCAUGAUUUUGUUGUAAUUUUGUUUGUUUUCUGUUUUUUUACGUUAUCUGAAAAAUAGAGAAGAACAUGGCAUAGAACAAGAUACUUUUAUUUGUUCAUUAAUAUUUUUUAUCCAUUUUCAUAAAUGUAAGAACACAGUUGUUUGACCUUGCUCUUGUCUUAGGAAUUUAGAAUCGUAUCUUUAAUGAAAAUACAUUUUACAUGUAUGAGAAAUACAAAUUGGGCCCUGACUUCAAUGUAAUUAUCAGCUGUACAGAUCCACGGUGCCAUGAACACAGCCCUAAUUGUGUGAUAGUGAGGAUAAAACUGCAUAUGGAAAGUGAGAACGUUCAUCAGUAAUUUAAUUUCAAACAUAGCACUGCUUGCAGACUUCCCAAAGAAUUAUUGUUUCAAUGAUAUGUAAGGCUUUAAAUAUUUUAUGUAUUUUCUAGAUAACUUAUCACUUUAUAUUGUUUUUAACAUGAAUUUAAAUAUAAAGAAGUGCAAUGUUUAUUUAGCUCUAUUCUUUGCUUUUGCUUUUUUUGUGUAUAGUAAACCUUAAUUAGAAUGCAAGUGUGUGGACCUGUAACAUUGUACUCUGAAAAUGUGAAGUUACCAUUACCUACAAUGCAAUUUUGAUAAUAGAUAUGAUAUUCUGCCUAAGGUGCCACUGAGCCUAUCUGACGUCUACAUCCUCACAUCACCACCCAUACCACCUCUUCUUGCUGCUUGUGAUACAGAUGCUAUUCAUUUAGUUAUAGUGGGCAAGCCUUCACUGUUCUGGCUAGUACCCCAUUUUGGAAUUAUUCUUCAACUUUUUAGUGUUAUCUUAACCAGAAUUUCUUUGUACUACUUCAUUAUGAUGAGUGUUACCCUAGAUUGGUUUGCCUUUAACAUAGUCUUUUGAUAUUGAAUUUUUGCUUUAAAUUUAAAUACUAUUGCCAGUUGCCAGAUAGCAUCAAAACUACUAUUAGAAGCUUUGCCUACCCUGUGCUCCUUUUUCUGUUAUUUUUAUAUUUCCCCCUUCAAGAGAAAUGAAAAAGGAAGGCAAAGAUAUUCAUGACAUGUUGCUGUUACGGUAUGUUUAGAAUGACUUCAUAAAUAAGCAAUGGCCAUAGUUGGUGGUGCUGAUGAAAAAUAGCAGGCUACAGUGCAUUCUUUUUCACAACAGUGUAUAUAAUAAUUCAUUUAGUAUCAUACACUUGAGUACAAGCACUUGGUCAUUAUACAUAAUUUGAAAAAAAAAAAAAAAAAAAACGAAUAA